AUGUCAGGAGUUAUCGCCCCACGGAAUUCAAGCAUGGCACCAUAUGUUAAGGGACCAAUUCAGUCAAGUGGUUAUGUCGGCUUUGAUUCUAUUACAAAACAAAUUGAGCGAAAACUUAUAAGGCGAGGGUUUCAAUUUAACAUUAUGUGUGUCGGUCAAACGGGUCUUGGAAAGUCUACAUUGGUUAAUACAUUGUUUGCAGCGCAUUUGAUGGACAGUAAAGGACGUUUAAACUCUGAAGAGCCAAUUCGCCAAACAACAGAAAUUCAUAGCGUGUCUCAUAUCUUGGAAGAAAAUGGUGUUAACUUGAGAUUGAACAUCGUAGAUACACCGGGAUAUGGUGAUCUUGUUAAUAAUGAACGAUGUUGGGAUCCUAUUAUUAAAUAUAUUAAAGACCAGCACUCAUCUUACUUAAAAAAAGAACUUACAGCUCAAAGAGAUCGGUAUAUCCAAGAUACACGUAUUCAUUGCUGUUUAUUUUUUAUUCAACCAUCUGGUCACUCUCUUAAGCCAAUUGAUAUAAUAGUUCUUAAAAAGCUUGUAAACGUGGUGAACGUAGUACCUGUUAUCGCUAAAUCCGAUUCCUUGACUCUAGACGAGCGUAUAGCAUUCAAAAAAAGAAUUCGAGAGGAAUUAAAUUUUCAUGGUAUUAGAACAUAUCCUUAUGAUAGUGAAGAAUCCAGUGAUGAAGAAAGAGCUUUAAAUUCACAAAUUAAAAAUAUUAUUCCAUUUUGUAUUGUUGGUUCUGAAAAAACAAUUGCAGUUGAUGGAAAAAUUAUUCGUGGUCGUCAAAAUCGUUGGGGCGUUAUUAACAUUGAAAAUGAAAAUCACUGUGAAUUUGUAUAUUUAAGGAAUUUCUUAGCACGUACACAUUUGCAAGACUUAAUCGAAACGACAGCACAGAUUCAUUAUGAAAACUUUCGCAGUCGCCAAUUGCUUGCCUUAAAAGAAUCAUCUGCUAUGGGAUCUGGGCCCCGUCCUAUUACUCGGGGCUCUAUGGGCGAUAAUUUGGCAUAA